GGAAGUCCAAAGUUCAGCACAGCUAACUACAGCCAGUGGAGCCGGUAGCCAUGGCGUACGUACCGUACUACGAGUAUAUCGUGAUCGGGUGCGGGGGAGUCGGCAGUGCGGCCGUGUACUGGCUGUCCAAGAGGGCCGGGAAAGGUGUGCUAGGUUUGGAACAGUUCAAGUUGGGCCAUGACAACGGGGGGUCUCAGGACCAUUCCAGAAUCAUACGUUUGUGUUACCACGAUCCACGGUACACUAAGAUCGUGAGGGACACAUACAAGGCUUGGGAGGAGGUUGAGAGGGAGUCCGGUCUACAGCUGGUGUACAAGACGGGCGGGCUGGACUUCACCCUGAAGGGGGGACCGCAGGAAUGGCUGAUGGAGGAGUACGCCAAAGCUAUGGACGCACAGAACAUUCCGUACGAGCGGCUGGAUGGGCCGGAGAUCCGGCGGCGGUUCCCGCAGUUCGAGGUGGGUGCCGAGACUGUGGGCCUGUACCAAGCAGAUACAGGACUGGUGGACGCCGCUAGGGGGAACUCCACUCACAUCCAGCUGGCGCUGGCGCACGGGGCAACCGUCAUGGACGAGUGCGCUGUACUCGGGAUCGACAGGAUGAAGAGCGGGAUGACGAUGGUGCGGACCAGUAAGGGAGAGUUCCGGUGCCGGCGGGUGGUGGUGACGGCAGGUGCCUGGAUAAACCACGUGCUGCGGUCCGUGGGGGCCCACAUCCCCGUCGCCGUCACACAGGAACAGGUUACCUACUUCGCCACGCCGCACGUCAAGGAGUUCACGAAGGACAGGUACCCCACCUGGAUAAGCCACACACCUGACUACGACUUCUACGGACUUCCCAUCCACGGGAACACAGGAAGUAAGAUUGGCAUCGACGCGGGGGGUCCGCGGGUCACACCGGAAACCAGGACCUACGUUCCAGACCCCGUCAGAGAGAAGGCCUGCAUAGACUUUCUGCAGAAAUACGUUCCAAGGUCGCUGGGCCCGAUCAUGUACAGUAAGACCUGUCUGUACACCAUGACUAUGGACAGGCACUUCGUCAUCGACACGCUGGCCUCCAAGGGUUGGUCUGACGUCAUCGUCUGCUGUGGCGCCGGCCACGCCUACAAGUUUGCCUCUCUUCUGGGCAAAAUCCUGAGUGAGCUGGCGAUCGACGGGCGCACACAGUACCCCAUUGCCGAGUUCACCAUGAACCGCCCUGCUGUCACCGACCCAAACUUCAAACCUGUCUUCUACAUGGGGAAAGCCAAACCUCCGCCGGCGAAGCUGUGAGACAAUGGCCAAAUCCACACAUUCAGGAUAUCGACGUUCUUUUGUAGAGAACGAAGUGCUAAUACAGUUAAUACAGCCUAAGUUUGUUACUGAAUCCUAAGCCAAACCUCCGCCGGCUAAGCUGUGAAGGACAAUGGAUAGAUCCAAACAUUCUGAAUACGUUCGUAGACAACCAAGUGUUA